UCCUCAAAUACCAUUUCAAUGUGUACAGCUUCUUCUUCUACCUCUCAAAAGACACUUCAAAAGAACUGCUUCAUUCAUUCUUCAACCUUUACCCUUCUACGAUCUCACUUCUUCUUCUUCUCUACCCUUCCUGUGGGUGAUGGGUUUGAUUUUUCCGGCGACCCACUCCUAAAACCUUCCCCAGAUACUCCUGUAGUAUCCACAGCUCCUUCAUCUACCUCAGUGCUUCUUCUACCCUCCCUUUAACUUAAGCGUUUGAUUUUUCCGACGACCCACUCGCAUAACCUUCCCCGGAUACCGCUGUAAUAUCCACAGCCUCUUUUUCUACCUCGUUCCUCUGAUUUCAAGGUCAGUCAUCGUCAGGGACAGAUUUUUCCGAACCCCGUGGAAGACCCUGCCUUCUGCGUCUUCGUCCAGGGUUACGCGGGUGUCAUUUUCUGUGAUUUACCGUCGAAGAACGUAAGUCAUCCCCUUGCUAGGAAGGUUUCGGCGACCCACGUGCAGAACGCUCUCGGAAAACCCUUGUAAGCCCUACUGCUUCUUCAUCUAGGUCAUUCGUUCGUUUUUUUUGUUUUUUUAGCCAAUUUGCGUGAUUUGUUCUGUUAAUCACUUUCUGUAAUCACCGUUCAUCGAAGAAGAUUGAUUCAAUUUCGAAUGCAAUAGAUGAUGAUAGUUUUCCAUGGUGGUGUUAAAUGUUAAUCAGAUCGAUAGCCAGUGAUGCAUGCUCCUCAAACACGAGACGAGGCACAGGGGGAGCCGGCGGACAACGGGAACUGAGAUCUGGAAAUGCAACCUCAAGUUCGCUGCAACCUCAGGAUGUAAUAGAUGGUGUGGCCCCAAAAUGCUUCUGUAAAAAAUAUGCCAUCAGUUACAUGUCGAAGACAGACACCAACCCAAAUAGGUUAUUUUUUGGAUGCCCAUUAUUAAAGGUGACAGAAGCACAUUGCAAGUUCUUUCUCUGGGUUGAUGACCACAUUGUUAGGAUCAGAGCGGGGGAGGCUACAAGGGGAUCGGGUGACGGGAAGCAGAGUGAUGUUGGAAAACAUUUGGGAAUGGAUAACUUGAUAGACCAUGUAGAGGAAAGAAUAGCAAAACUAGAGAAGCUGCUGAACAAGAAAAGUAGAGAAGCAGAGUUGAGGAAAAAGGCUAGAGAAGCAGCUGCAAGAGACAUGGAGGCUUCAUCAACAACGUCUAUUGAUUAGCUGCAAACCAGAACCCGAAGCACCUCGAUUAGGUUCAGAAACUUAAGAAUAAUUUCCUUCUUUGCUGAAAAUUGCUACUAGAAUGUAGAGACACAAAUGUUUGAAGCUUUAAAAGCAAAAAUUGUCGAAGACGUUCAUUUGAGUUGGGCAACA